CCAUUGUCGUCGAUAAGCGCUAAGAUAAAUCACCGGCCGCCUCAUAUAAAUCGCGGGUGGCAUUGGCUAGCAGUGAUUUCAGCUCUCCCUUUGAGUUUCACCGCAACGACACAAAGCAUGAGAGCACCAUUGGCUAUUGCCUUUUUCCUGCUGCUCGCCGCGGCUUCUCUUGAAGCUGGAAGGCCCACCAAAGAGGGAUAUGAGGAGCAAGGCGGCCCUGGAGGUGGUGGCGGCGGCGGCGCUGGAAGCGAGCAGGGACCGGGAGGCAACGGCGGUAACGGAGGUGGUAUUGGCGGCGGCGAGGGCGGCCAAGGAGGCUGGGGCGGCCCCGUGAGCGAGGGCACCGACGCCGAGUGCAUUGAAGUGGCCAGGCUGAGCUGCCCAGCGGUGGACGGCGUCGUGCCUGUGCUUCUGUCAAACCCUAGCGACUGCGGCUCCUUCUGCCAGUGCGCCAACGGCGUCGGCAAGUUCAUCCCGUGCGCCAACGGCCUCCACUUCAACAAGGACACGCAGGUGUGCGACUGGCCUUGGAUGGCCGGGUGCAGGAACGUCAUGAUCCCUAACUAGACACUACGCGACCUGUCAACAAUCGCAUUUUGACUUUGCAAUAAACUUGCACCUUCUUCAGAUCUAUCGAGGCGUUUUUGGUCAUAUUUUGAUACUUUUGCGUUUUAAUUUAUUGGAAUAAAGAUUUUGACUAUUUUGAGGAUAAA